AUGUCUACGGCUUUGAGCCUGGUCCUGGUGCUGGGAUCGCUUUGCCAAGCGCUAGCGCCAGCAUCCUCCUGGUACUUGGUUGAUGUUCCACUCGCGGUCUGCGAAGAGCCAUACACGGCCAACACGCUGAUUCCGCUCAACAUCGCCCUUCCGGGACGAAGUGACCAGCCGCAUAUCCUCACUGUCUACCGGACGGGCAACAAGCAGCUGAGCUUCACGGUGUCCGUGCUGGACUCCAAGAGCAAGGACGUCACAUCUGCCGAGGUCAAACUGGACGGGCAGUCGAUCCCGUCGUCUCAGGUGACCGAGACGGCCACCACCACCACGUUUACAGCAACAACGGUUACGACGACCGCAGCAACGCUCCCCAUGCUCAACAUGACCCUCGAGGCUGCGCUGAAGACGGAGGAUGAAGAGUUCGUCCGACUCCUGCGUCGAAAGCCCGGAAGAGCAUUGUCCGGCAAAGGUGGCGGACGGUCCUAUGGUGGAGGGUAUUCAGGCGGUCGGCGUGGUGGGUACUCCUCCUACUCCUACACAGACACUCGCCGGCGAGCUACAUAUGACGACCGUCGGCGAGCCACAUAUGACGACCGCCGGCGAGCUACAUAUGACGAUCGCCGUCGAGCUGGCAUUACUGAUAGCCGGAGAAGAGCACCGACCAACCAAGGCUGGGUCAAUCCGUCUCAUCCGCGAUCUGGCUACUACAACUACCAGCCUUCCUACAGAUCUUACCACCGCACCUCGUACGGUUACAGUGGAUAUCAUGUGUAUCCCUCCGGCAGCAGCCUGGGGAUUCCCCUCGCCGGGCUUGGCGGACUCGGCGUCGGCUAUGCCUUGGGAAGCCACUUUGGUCACUACAGGGCGAGCAGAUGGAACACAAUCAAUGGAGGCCGUGGCUUCGAGGAUUGCCACUACCAGUCCUGGAAGGGUUCUUGCAGCGACUGCGUCCGGAGAUAUUCGAUGGACAAGUGCCAGACGUCAUACCAGCUUCCCAAGGCCGCAAAUCGCGACGAUUUGAUGACGACUGCCUUCGUUCCGAAGGAUUUCGAAGGCCCUCUUCGGCUCGUUUUCAGCAAGAUGGAAGGAACCGAAAUUGCCAAGGACCGUAUUUGCCCUCCGGACGGUUGGCACUGGAAUGCCAGUCUGAACACUUUCGCGGGGACUUGGACUGCUCCGGACACUCAGGAUGUCUUCAUCGCUCUGACCCCUGUGGUUCUGGCAGCUCCAACUCCUCCUGACGACCCUGACCGGCCGUCGUCAUCAGGCAUGUCGGCGGUGCCGAUUAUCAUCUUGGUGGCGUUUGGAGGAGGCCUUUGUUGCUGCUGCGCCUGGAUCUUCUGUUGCGAUGGGGAGGAUGACGACAACAAGUGGAGGAGGCGGUCAACGCAUCGUCGCCGCGGGUCAAGCCACGAUGAGUUCGAGAUGCAAGGCUUCCGACACACGGCACAUCCCUAUGCGCCGCCGAUGGUGGGUGCGACUGCGGUGCCUGCAAUGGCACAUGCAACGCCCGUGGUGGCACCGGGAAUGGCUGCAGUCCCCGCAGUGGCGAUGGCUGCGCCGUCGAGCUUCUUGGAACAACUCUCACCUUCAGGCCAGAUGUGGAAGUUCCUGCUGGCAUCGGCGGCGCCAGCAUUGGACACUGCUGGCCUCCUUUGUGGACCCUGGGGCGAUGCGCUGCGAGCCGCAGUGCUGUACGAGAUGCAGCACCCGGCCUGGAGCCGUGAGCCGCGCUUCGUCGAGACUGGCCCGGUGGGUCAGGUCAUCGACUUUCUGGCUGACCGCGGAUUUGAGGCUUUUGUGGCCACCGCACAGCACACGGAAGACACCUUGAAAGCGAAUCCCAGCCAGCUUGCAGCCCCUACCUCCCCGACGAUGAUGGCCCAGGCCCUGGCUUCCGCGCCUCCACAUUGA